UCACAAAACAGAUAAACAAACGUGAAGAAAGUGAUUGCUCAGAGGGAUUUGCAAUAAUUUCACCGCAAAUUAUUUGAAAUGCCCUACAUGGCAUUCGCACCGAAAGAGUCCAAAUUGGAAGCGAACGUGGAUGAUUGUUACAAUUUGCUGCAAUUCGAGGAGUGAAUCGUUUUUAUUUUUUUUUUCUUCGUCGUCGUACAAGAACAAGCAAACAAUAACACGGAAGAAAUAGCGAGUUGUGAAUAAAAAAAAAGUGAAAAACAAACAAACAAACGAAAAAAAAACAAAAAAGUAACAAAGUGAGUGAAAAACCGAGCUAAAGCUGGCUGAAAAUCAAACGGCUGCAGAUGCUCAACAACAGCAACAAUCGUGGAGUACUCAAUUGAGUAAAAAGCUGGGCCAAACAAGCGAGGCUCAGACAAUGCCCGCAGCAAUAUCAGGCAACGGCGGAAGCGCUUCGAGCAACGAAGAUUGCGGCAUUCGUGACGUUUGGCGUCACAAUUUGGAAGAAGAGUUUCGCACCAUUCGUCAGGUCGUGCAAAAGUACCAUUAUGUCGCCAUGGAUACAGAAUUUCCGGGCGUCGUUGCACGUCCCAUCGGAGAAUUUCGCUCGUCAGCCGACUACCAAUACCAAUUGCUUCGAUGUAACGUUGACUUGUUGCGCAUCAUUCAGCUCGGAUUGUCGUUCAUGGAUGACGAAGGCAACACGCCUUCCGGUUACACGACAUGGCAAUUUAACUUCAAGUUCAAUUUGAGCGAAGACAUGUACGCGCAAGAUUCCAUCGAUUUGCUGCAACAUUCGGGCAUUCAGUUCAAGAAGCACGAGGAGGAUGGCAUCGAUCCGUUGGAUUUUGCCGAACUUCUCAUGUCGUCGGGCAUCGUUCUUAUGGAUAACAUCAAAUGGCUCAGUUUUCAUUCGGGAUACGAUUUCGGGUAUUUGUUAAAGUUGUUGCGCGAUCAGAACCUCCCGGCGGAAGAAAGCGAAUUUUUCGAACAUCUUCGAAUUUUCUUUCCCACAAUUUACGACGUCAAAUAUCUCAUGAAGUCGUGCAAAAAUUUGAAAGGCGGUUUGCAAGAAGUUGCCGAUCAGCUUGAACUUCGACGUGUCGGACCGCAGCAUCAAGCGGGCUCCGAUUCGCUACUCACGGGAAUGGCCUUCUUCAAAAUGCGCGAAAUGUUCUUCGAAGACAACAUUGACAACGCGAAAUACUGCGGGCAUCUCUACGGACUCGGGACGUCGUUCAUCGUUAAUGGCAACAAUUAUCCCACAGAUAAUGGCGAAGUCAACAACGCUACUACAUAAUUCACACAAAACACUUUUUUGGAAUCAUAAUUCUCUAAAUAUCGAAAAAAUAGCUUUUGACAGCGUCAUUUCAAGCUUUGUCGUUUUAAAAAAAAGGAGUAUUUAGUCAAAAAAAAAAACAUGUUUAUCAAAUAAACUCAAGCUUAAAUACACACAUAAACACAAAACUCACGUUGUUCCUCUAAGAAGUAAUAAUAUUUGUCGACGUUUCCUUUUAAAAAUAAUUUUCUAAUAAAGUUUAAAUGUACAUCAUACUUCUUAUUACAUCAGUACUCAAUUUUUUUUCUCUCAUGAAAAUUCAGUAAUUUAUAUACCCGAUAUAUAAAACUACAAAAAUAGUUCAACGUGAAUUGCAUUAAAGUGAAAAAAAAUCAUACAAAAUAUCAGAAAUA